AUGUUGUUAUGCUCACCAUUUGAAUUUGAAACGCACAAUAAAUCAGAAAAAAUAUUACAGUACACUGUUUCAGAAAAAGCAAAAGACGAUAUUGAAAAAGUCCAUUCAGUUGAACUAAGAAGCUUCUAUGGUAUUUUCGGCAUUGACAGCGUACAAGUAGGAGACCAAAUGGUUAAACAGCAACAGUUUGGUGAAAUUGCAAAUUCCAGUGGUAGUAUGAUGGAAUACUAUUCAGAUGUCGGUAUUUGUGGUUUAAGGUAUGUACCUGAAGCGAAGAAAUUUGAUUUUGAAGAAUACAAGAAAAACCACGGUUUGUACGAUCAGGAGACAUCCAAAUCCGAGCUUAAUAAACUACUUAAUGCAACGAUGGUAUACGGUGUUGGUUAUGAAACACCAUUAGUCAAUAAUCUGAACAUACAACAAAAAGUGUUUAGCUAUUGGAUAGGGCGAGACAAUCACUCAGGCACUGGUGAAAUAACUUUUGGUAAUAUCGAUAAAACACGUUUUAAUGGAGAUUUGGUCUAUGUACCUCUAGAAUACAAUGGCAUCUGGAUUAUUCGAAUGAACGGUAUCAGAAUUGGCGAUAAAAUACUCGGUCAAAAUUCCACAGUUGGCCUUGAUACCGGCUCCAGUGGUCAUCACGGAAAUGAAAGGGAUGUUCGACUAAUAAAUCAUUAUAUUGGUGCAAUAGUGCCUGAAAUUAGACCACAAGAGCAUGGGAUAAAUAAAAUAUCAGUAAAUUUCGAUUCUCUUCCACCAGUGUAUAUAGGUUUAGGAAAUAAAUGGUUUAUAAUGCAUAGUUCUGAUUAUGUGGUCAAAUCUGCUAAUGAUACAAAAUGCUAUAGUCGUUUUGUGUCGAAAGGUGAUGUACACAGUGUCGGGAUAUUGGGACAAGGUCUUUUUCGUCGUUUAUAUACGGUAUUUGAUUUUGGACAAAAUAGAAUUGGAUUUGCAGAAUCUGUGUCCUGA